AUGCUAAUAAUCAGUGACAACCGUUGGGUAUUAUUAUUAUUUUUUGGUCUGUCGACAAUUCAAGUUGGGUUAAGAGCCAUUAACAUACCCGAAUGUUUCAGAGAUGUAAGUGGAAUUUACUUAAGAAAAUUUCAUGGUGCCAAUGAUUAUGCAAUAUUAUUCUUCUUUCCACUUGGCGGUGUUCUUCAAGUGGAUUCCGCUGCAAAGCUGAAUGCAAGUCAAUAUUUCAGUGAUCAGGCUGGCUUCUAUACAUGUAAGAAACAACUGGACAAAGCAGUGCUGUCAUUUCAUGGUCAGUAUUUCGAUGAAUCGGGUAAUAUGAGUACCGGUCUGUCGGAAGCAGUGGUCACAUGUAUAUGGUACUGUAGCGAUAGUGGUUCGGCCAGCGGACUGUCCAACUAUUUCACCUAUCCAUCGAACAAGCAAACAAACGGUCAGAAAAUUGUUUCGGCCACAUUCUAUUUUCAAUGUCCAUCACAAUAUGAUCAGUGCACUGGUAUACAACAAGAACUCUAUUAUCCACUCCAGUAUCAGAGUAUGCCGCUUCGCAAUGCUGCACUCUCUGCUUCUCCUCCAACAUUCACGACAAGUCGACUUUCUGGUCACCCAACAAUAAAAUCGUGUCAUCAAACAUUUUCCGGUUUAUAUUCAUUCACUAUCAACAUUACAUCACCGUAUCAGAUCAGUACUAUUAAUCCGUACAUUCUCUAUAGUAAUGCUGUGUUAUUUGGUGCUGAUGCAAAUGAAAAUAAUCCGCAGGAACCUACUGAAAAUAUUCUUGGAUUCUGGGACUGUAAUUCCAACGGAAACUUAAUCUUGCACAUUAUCCUUUUUGGUUUUACAUCACCAAAAAGGCCAGAAUCAAUAUUGAUUUCCGCACAAAUUUCAUUAACCUGCAAAAACGAUCAAUGUAACGGCCCAUAUUUAGACCACCAGUACGUUUUGCAAUUACCAGUCAAUGGCACAUUUCCUAGUGGCCCAAUAUCAACAGGUUCUGGAACAGUUAAUGGAAGAAAACUAGACUAUCAGUACUACUAA